GUGUUGCCGUAAAGCUGUGUGGUUAAUCAGCUGACUGGACAGACUGCAGAAGGGAAUAAACACGGCUGAAUAUAGCCGCCUAUAUUGGACUUUCUCAAGAAUUUUAUCCAAGAGGCUUCAAGUACAGGACAUGUUCCUGUAGUAUUUAUCACUUAGAGAACAUGGCAGGAAACAGCCUGGUGUUACCCAUAGUCCUCUGGGGCCGCCAUGCCCCCACCCACUGCAUAUCCAGCCUCCUGGUGAUGGAUGAUCUGAGCACAAUUAUCACUGGGUGUCACGAUGGGCAGAUUUGCCUGUGGGAUAUGACAUCUGACCUAGAGAUAAAUCCCCGGGCCCUGCUCUUUGGCCACACUGCUUCCAUCACGUGUUUGUCCAAGGCCAGCGCAGGGAACGAGAAGCAGUACAUCGUAAGUGCAUCAGAGAGCGGGGAGAUGUGUUUAUGGGAUGUCUGUGAUGGACGAUGCAUUGAGUAUACUAAGCUGGCGUGUGCCCACACAGGCAUACAGUUUUACCAGUUUACCAUCGGAACGCAGCGCGAGGGGCGGCUUCUGUGCCACGGCCAUUACCCAGAAAUCCUCGUGAUGGAUGCCACCAGCCUGGAGGUGCUGUACACUCUGGUGUCCAAGAUCUCCCCCGACUGGAUCAGCUCCAUGAGCAUUAUCCGCUCGCACCGCACCCAAGAGGACACCGUAGUUGCAGUGUCAGUCACUGGGAUUUUAAAAGUGUGGAUUAUCACUGCUGAUGUCAGCAAGAUGCAGGACACAGAUCCGGUCUUCGAGGAGGAGUCCAAGCCCAUUUACUGCCAGGGCUGCCACAGCGUCUCCUUCUGCACUUUCACUCAGCUUUCCCUGCUGGUUGUUUGCUCCAAGUACUGGAGGGUGUUUGAUGCUGGUGACUACUCCCUACUCUGCUCUGUGUCCAGUGAAAAUGAUCAGGCCUGGACCGGGGGGGAUUUCAUUGCCGCUGACAAAGUCAUCAUCUGGACUGAAGAUGGAUGCAGCUACAUCUACCAACUUCCAGCCAGCUGCCUCCCGGCCAGCAAGCAUUUCCGGAGCGAUGUCGGGAAGACUGCUGAGAGCACCAUCCCCCCAGUGGUGUACAGCAUAGCCGACCGUGCGGACAAACAGUUGCUUAUCUGCCCCCCGGUGACCCGCUUCUUCUACGGCCGACGGGAGCCAUUCCACAAGCUGCUGGUGCAGGGUGACUCGACGGGGCGCCUGUCUAUGUGGAGCGUCCCCGAUACCUCCCCUCUGCAGCCGCUCUCCACCGCAGCUGAACUUCAGGUGUCCUCCAGCAUCAGCCUCCAGGAGGCCUUCGACAAGCUGGCCCCCAUCCCCGCCGGCAUCAUCGACCAGCUGAGCGUGCUGCCCGGCUCGGAGGAGCCCAUCAAGGUGACGGCCAGCGUGUACAUCCCAUCGCAGGGCCGGCUGGUGUGCGGCCGCGAGGACGGCAGCAUCGUGCUGGUGCCCGCCACGCAGACCGCCAUCGUACAGCUGCUGCAGGGGGAGCACAUGCUGCGCAGAGGCUGGCCGCCACAUCGCACUCUCCGAGGACAUCGCAACAAGGUCACGUGCUUGCUGUAUCCGCACCAGGUGUCCCCCCGCUAUGACCAGCGCUCGUUGGUAUCUGGUGGCGUGGACUUUUCCGUCAUCGUGUGGGACAUCUUCAGUGGGGAGAUGAAGCACAUCUUCUGUGUCCACGGAGGAGAGAUCACGCAGCUCCUGGUCCCUCCCGAAAACUGCAGCGCACGUGUGCAGAACUGCGUGUGCUCCGUGGGCAGCGACCACUCCGUGGGACUCCUGAGCCUGCGGGAGAGGAAGUGCAUCAUGCUGGCGUCCCGCCACCUCUUCCCCAUCCAGGUCAUUAAGUGGCGUCCCUGCGACGACUACCUCGUGGUGGGCUGCACGGACGGCUCCGUCUAUGUCUGGCAGAUGGACACAGGAGCGCUGGACCGCUGCGUGAUGGGCAUCACAGCGGUGGAGAUCCUGAACGCCUGCGAUGAGGCCGUCCCGGCCGCCAUGGACUCGCUCAGCCACCCCGCGGUCAAUCUGAAGCAGGCCAUGACCCGCCGCAGCCUGGCGGCCCUGAAGAACAUGGCCCAGCACAAGCUGCAGACCCUGGCGACCAACCUCCUGGCUUCCGACAACGCGGACAAGGGAAAUCAGGCGAAGUACUCCCACAAUGCCCUGGUGGUGCAGGCCAUGAAGACAAACGUGAUUGACCCCGACAUGCACGUGCUCUUCUUCGACGUGGAGGCUGUGAUAAUCCAACUGCUGACGGAGGAGGCUCAGAGGCCGGCUUCGGUCAUGGUGUCCCCGGAGACUCUGCAGAAGGCCCAGGCCGGCGCCGACAAGGCCGGCUCCUUCCUGGCCAACAAGAUCUUCAAGCAGGUCAAGGAGACCAUCAAGGAGAACAUCAAGGAGCACCUGCUGGAUGAAGAUGAAGAGGAGGAAGAGGAGUUGCGGCGGCGGGAGGAGAAGUCGAAGUCUCUGAGCCUGCUGGAGUAUAACCUGACCAUGGACACAGCCAAGCUCUUCAUGUCCUGUCUGCAUGCUUGGGGGCUGAAUAUGCAGCUGGAUGAGGUGUGUCUGAGUCGCCUGGGGAUGCUGAAGCCUCACUGCCCCAUAUCCUUCGGCCUGCUCUCCCGCGGCGGCCACAUGUCCCUCAUGCUCCCAACGUUCAAGGAGUCACUGCUCCGCACUAUGGCUGUGGGCCGCAAGAUGUCCGUGUCGGAGAUCGUGGGCAAGGGCACGUACGGCGUCUCCCGGGCAGUCACCACUCAGCACCUGCUGUCCGUCAUCUCCUUAGCAAAUACGCUGAUGGGCAUGACCAACGCCACGUUUGUGGGAGAGCACAUGAAGAAGGCCCCAGCCAGGCCUCCGAGACCUGGUGCCCCUGACUCUCUCAAAAAGCAGCAAUCCCAGCUUUCCAGUCCGGGUAUGCAAGCCCAGAUAAAGCAAGCUGCUGCCGCUGUUGCUGCUGCCGCUACCGUCACUCCUACAGCUGGCUCAGGGCUUGUCCCCUCGGGCCCUGCUUUCCAUACUUGUCCCUCAGUCAAUGAAGGUUGGAGCCAGCUGGCCGCGAUGCACUGCGUGAUGCUGCCAGACCUCCUGGGCCUGGACAAAUUCUGCCCUCCGCUCCUUGAAAUGUUGGCCCGCCGGUGGCAAGACCGAUGCCUUGAGGUCAGGGAGGCCGCACAGGCCCUGCUGCUUGCGGAGCUGCGGAGGAUCGGUCAGUCAGGCAGGAAGGACACGAUUGACCUGUGGGCUCCGUAUUUGCCGCAGUACGUCGACAGCGCCAGCUCCCCAGGAACAUCUACGGAAAAUGUCCAAGCCCCGCCUCCACCAGCUGAGCCCCAGUCUGUGGAAGUGAAGGCUCCAGAGGAGGAGCUGGAUGCCACUGAUGAUGACCUCACUACUGGCUGCCUCAGCAACCUGCCACCAAACGCAAAGAAGAUUUCCAACUCAUAUGAAGAGCGACGCAAACAGGCCACAGCCAUCGUCCUACUUGGAGUCAUCGGUGCCGAGUUCGGGGCGGAAAUCGAGCCCCCUAAACUCCUGUCUAGGGCCCGUACCACUACCCAGGCUCCUGACGGGUUCGGCCUGACCACCGGGGGGUCCAAUUACUCUCUCGCCAGGCAUACAUGCAAAGCUCUAACAUUCCUGCUGCUGCAGCCCCCCAGCCCCAAGCUGCCUCCCUACAGCACCAUCCGCCGCACAGCCAUAGACUUGAUCGGCCGCGGUUUCACGGUGUGGGAACCAUACAUGGACGUGUCUGCGGUGCUCAUGGGCCUCCUGGAGCUGUGCGCCGACGCGGAGAAGCAGCUGUCCAACAUCACAAUGGGCCUGCCCCUCAGUCCUGCCGCCGAUUCGGCACGCUCCGCCCGCCACGCUCUCUCACUCAUCGCCACCGCAAGACCACCAGCUUUCAUAACAACCAUCGCCAGGGAGGUCCACAGGCACACAGCCCUGCAGGCCAACACUCAGUCCCAGCAGAAUGUCCACACCACCACGCUGGCACGAGGCAAGACCGAGAUCCUGCGCGUCCUGGAUAUUCUCAUUGAGAAGAUGCCCACGGACAUCGUGGACCUUUUGGUGGAGGUAAUGGAUAUUAUCAUGUAUUGCAUCGAAGGAUCUCUUGUCAAGAAGAAAGGUCUGCAGGAAUGCUUCCCCGCCAUUUGUCGGUUCUACAUGGUGGGUUACUGUGACCGCAGUCACAGAAUUGCAGUGGGGGCGCGGCAGGGAUCGGUGGCUCUCUAUGACGUCCGCACGGGAAAGUGUCAGACUAUCGCUGGACACAAGGGACCCAUCACAGCCGUGUCAUUUGCUCCUGAUGGCCGCUACCUGGCCACCUACUCCAAUGCAGACAGUCACAUCUCUUUUUGGCAGAUGAACACCUCUUUGUUAGGCAGCAUUGGUAUGCUCAAUUCUGCCCCCCAGCUUCGUUGUAUCAAGACGUAUCAGGUCCCACCAGUGCAGCCACCGUCGCCGGGCUCCCAGAAUGCCCUUAAGCUGGCCCGCCUCAUUUGGACCUCGAACCGCAACGUUAUCCUCAUGGCGCACGAUGGCAAGGAGCACCGCUUCAUGGUCUGAGUAGAGCUGAACCCCCCCCCUGGGAGGACGGUCGUCCCUCGUUGGGGCAAAAGUAAACGAAAGCUGUGCAUUUGCUGUUUACAUGUCUGUUCCCUUCGAUUGAUUCUCAGUUUGUUGUUAUUUAAUGAAAAGCAAAUUUCUGUGUAGUUCGUGUAAAAACCUGGAUUGCUAGUUUGCGUAUGACGUUAUCCCGUGUGUGAUUUUGAAGUCAACCAAUGGUGUGUGUUGUACCCUUUUAUAUGCUUGUGAGACAUGCUUUUAUUGGUCACCUGAAUUUACAGAAAUGAAGGAUGGGCCAAUUAAAACAAUUUCAGCUUGAUUUUCACCAACCCUGUGGAAGAAUUUGCUUGAAGAUACACAUGACUUUUCAUAGAUCUCAGGCUCUUGGCAGUGUUCCUGCAUCCCAUGCCAGUGCUAGUUCAGAAAAAAGUCCUCCAUAAGCCCUAGCACAAAAUCAUAUCAAAAUAAAAGUUGUUAUGGAUGCUUCCUUGUUAUUCUUUACUAUAUUUGUAUAGUUGCUUUUCAUUGGCUACAGAGUAAACUAUUGUAACUGGCAACAAGGUACUGUAAAUGUGUAAAUCACCAUCCUGACCUCGGAAAAGGCUACAUUUACUAAAACAAAUGGCUUGACAGGACUGAACAGAGAUAUUUAUGUCUACAUGUAGAUAAUAGGUUAGAGUAAAAUACAAAAUAUAUUUUAAAGAGUUGUUUCAUAUAUAAUUAUUUUUAUGGUUACACCGCUCUGACCACCUGGUCCAUCCAAAUUUACUUUUGAUGGGCAUUCAUGAAGUCUUGCUGUUUGCUGCUUAUUUGGCUAUUGGAUUUUAUAUUAAGACCUUUUUGCAGAUGGUAAUACAAACACCUCUACUGUUGCAAAAUGUCUGGUUUGUUAAACGAUUGUUUUGCCAUUGUCAGCUGACCAUGGUGGAUUCCAGCGAUUUCAUGUAAAUGGUUUCCCGUUUAGUGUCAUAAGGUCUGCGUAUAUCCAUGUUGCAGACUUGAGAUCUCCUAACUGAAGCAGACCAGGGAGGAAUUUGAACUCCUUGCCCCUCUUGAUCAAAUAGGGAGGGACUGCUUGUUUUGGCAGCCCAAGGACAAACAUUGCAUUCCCCAUUAACACCACUUAAGCUACGAGCUUUGGUUUACCUGCAUAAUUCCAGUCUGCAAAUACAUCUCUUUGAGCUCCAGAUACAUUCCCUGCUGCCUCCUCUCAGGCUGUAACAUCUCCACUGUUUGACUCAAAUCAGUAUUUUAACUGUGCUGUGGGGGUGAUACAAGGUCUAUGACCAGCUUUUGCAGUGUCCAAUGUUAAAUUGAAGAAAGGAUGUAAUUCUGCAGCCCACUGUCUGAUAAAUUCCUUCACACUUGGACUCGGCAGCUUCUCUGCAUUUACAUUCUUGAUUCGUUCAUUAUCACUCUAACUUUAACUUCCUGUAUAGGUCACUAUUCCUAAUAAAAUGCAAUCGCCUAUUUGUAUAGCCUCAUGAAUAUCCGCUAAUACCAGUACAAUGAAUUUCAGCUGUAGCCAUGGAUGGUGAUCUCUGCUGUACUUGAAAACUGUGUGUAACGCUCUGUAUAUCUGUGCCACCAUUAAAUUAAAAAAUAAUAUAUAUAUAUUGAAUAUAGCUGUGCUGUAAAAACUUAAGAAUUGUUGUGACUGUGUUCAAUAAAGAUAAGAUGUAAACCA